GUGACCGAAACAAAAUGGCAGACGCAAAACAUCCUGCGUUGCAGCCAGAGACAAAUUAUCGGGAAAAUGUUCACCAUAUAUCGUCGUACAAGGCAGAAACGGCUUCACACACAUUAAAGCAUGGCAAUGUCUUAGUUGACAUUGGUGAUUCUCAUGUUGACAAUUCAAUAUACGAUAAUAAAGAAGUAGAUUUUAUUGAACCUAGGUUGGAUGUUGUUGAUGAUAAAUGUGAUUUUGAAGAUAGAGGAAUUCACGAGUUUGAUAAUUUGAACUCCUCAGCGUCAGGUCAUCCAAGAUUAGUGUUUAAGGAAAAUUGUUCAAAUAUAGUGGACGGUCAUGAAAAUUAUGUUGGCACAGAUGAAUUUGAUGAUUUUGUACGAGGAGACCGAUCACUUAGUGAUAUAUCGUGUGUGAGGCAACAGAAUAAAGAGACUGAUGGUUACUCUAAUCCAGUGGUUAAAAAUUAUAACCGAAACUCACAUGUAUCUGUACAGUCAUCAGAUUCAGAUCUCAUUAUUAGCUCUGACAUGCCAAACGAACGAGAUCAGCUGGUGGAGUUGAAUGGAGUGGACAGAUAUUCAAGUAGUCUUCAAAGAUGUGAUGACUCUGCAUCAGAGCAAGAUGAUUCAGAAUGGCAUUGUCAUAAAAGAAUUACAAAGAUUCCACCAGAUCUGAUGGCAAGAAAGCAACUGAUUGCUGUGUCAGUCUUGUGUUUUAUAUUUAUGAUUGGUGAAGCUGUUGGUGGUGCCCUGUCCAACAGCCUGGCCCUGUUUACAGAUGUUCUCCAUCUUGGCAGCGACCUGUUCAGUUUCCUCAUAUCCCUGUUUGCCAUCUAUCUAUCCAAGAAGCAGGCAACACAAAACAUGUCCUUCGGAUACCAUCGUGCAGAGGUUCUUGGAGCGUUAAUGAGCGUGUUCGUGAUCUGGGUGGUGACAGCGGUGCUAGUAUACGUGGCCAUCGAGAGAAUCGUCCAUGAACACUACAAGGAGGUCAAGGCUGACGAGAUGCUGAUAACCGCGGUGCUGGGUGUCAUCUUUAAUGUUGUAAUGGGAGUUGUACUUCACUCAGAGAUCUGCUGUAGGGGCGGAGGAUCACGACCAUCAUUCGGACAUGGCCACUCCCACGGAGGAGGGUCCUCAAACCAUUCCCAUCACCAUGGCAACAACCAUGACACCUUGCAGCAUUCCCACCAAUCUUCCAGUGGUUAUCAGCCCUUAUUGGCAGAGGAUGGUGUAGGAAUGCCAGACUCUCUGGAGAAUGAGCCUGGAACCCUGGAGGAGGCUGAACCCAUAGAGCCCACAAAACCCCACCCCAAAAACAUCAACGUGCGGGCGGCUUUUAUCCAUGUUGUUGGUGACAUUAUACAGAGCCUUGGGGUGCUACUGGCUGCCAUUAUUAUUAAACUCAAGCCAGAAGACAAGUACCGACUAGCAGACCCAAUCUGUACAUUCCUGUUCUCGGUUCUUGUCCUGUUCACCACAAUAACUGUACUCCGUGACACACUCAGAAUCAUUAUGGAAGGUGUUCCCAAAGAUACAAACUACUACGCCAUAAAGUCCAGCCUGGCAAAGAUACAUGGCGUGCGGGCUGUACACGGGCUUACAGUUUGGUGCCUCACACUGGAGAAAAAUGCCCUCGCUGUCCACCUUAGUGUUGAUAAAGGUGUGGACCAUCAAGCCGUGCUAGCAGAGGCCACGGAGGCUGUACACAAUCAGUUUAACUUCUUACACACCACUAUACAAGUGGAGGACCAUGAACCUAAAACUGUGGCCGCCUGCUCCUCAUGUCAGGAGCUCCGGAAAUAGU